CACACUUUCCAUCAACUUCUGUUAUAAAAAAAUGGAGAGUAAAAAAAUUGCUGUAUUUAUGGCGAUGAUGUUGGCGAUUGGAAAUCUUAUAAUUGAAACAGAGGCUAUAGAUAUAGCUUUUCCAUUCUGUUACUCUGGAUGUUAUUCAGUGUGUAUUCUUAAUCCAUUCAUAAGCAAAACAAAAUGUGACAACAAAUGUAUUCAGGAAUGUAUAAAACCUGGUUUUGAGAUAAAGCGAAACACAGUUGAUCAAAUUAACCAUUUCUGUGAAAUCGGUUGUGUUACUCAUCGAUGUGUUUUUGUUGAUAAUCAAAAUAUGGAGGUAGAUGCGGAGAAGACUGCGGUGUGUGCGAACUCAUGUUCGGACAUAUGCAAUAAAAAGAGCUAAAAGGCAAUACAGUUAAACUAGUUUUAUUUAAUAUCAAUGUAAUGUUUAAAUAAAGACAAUAUUAAUCAUUGAUAUGUAUCGAUCUAAUAUUCAAUAUAAAUAAA